GGGGUUUUUCUCCUAAACCCGUCUAAAACCCUCCCCUUUCUAUUAACCUAAAAACUGCUUCUCUCUGUAUCUCAUCACUCACAAACCAAUUUGCAGGCGGUGGUGGUGGCGCGGCGUUUUUUGUUGCUGUUAUUGUUUUGGUUUGUUGAGCAAUGGCAAAAAGAGGAAGAAAUCAAAAGCAUGACAACACAAACCCUAAGCGAAAGUCUCGGCGCGAGUUUGUUGAUCCCGAAGACGUGGAUGAUGAUAUUGAUGCCUUUCACAAGCAGAGGGAUGUAAUUCCACUGGAUAUUAAUGAUGAUGAUGUGGAUUCAAGUGAUGAUGAAGUGCAACCUGUUUUUGACUAUGAGGAUAUUAAUGCCGAUGAUGAUGAUGAUGAUGAUGAUGAUGACGAUGAUGAUGGUGGUGAUGAUAACGAAGAUGAAGAUGAGGAUGAUGACGCCCUAGAUACUCAACUUGCUGCGAAAAUCAAGAGGCAGCAAAAAUAUCUCAGUGAAAAAUAUGGUGCAUCCGUUGAUGAACAGGACGAUGAAGACUUAGAUGAUGAAGACAAGAUGGACGUAUGGGGUGGGAAAAAGCACCAAUAUUAUGGUGGUGGUGAUUACGAGGGGGAUUCAAGUGAUAGUGAUGCUCUUAAAGAAGAGGAGAAAGCCAUUAUGGAUAGUCAAAAGAAAAAGUUAGAUACAUUAUCUAUGGAAGACUUUGGCAUUGAAAAUGUUGAUGAUAGGGAUUUAACCAUGGAGGAAAUAUCAGUUAAAGAAAAAAGAAAAACAAAAGAUUCAUCGAUCAAAGAUUUGAAUAUUAUGUCCAGAAAGGAGCAAAUGGAUGUCGUCUAUAGUUCCGCGCCAGAACUGGUAGGUUUGCUUUCUGAGCUAAAUGAUGCACUUGAACAGCUUGAAACCAGAGUUAAUCCACUUCUAAGCAAGGUUAAAGCAGGCAAUAUUACUCUGGAGGGUGGGUUGCGCUAUUUGGAGGUGAAACAACUUCUUUUAUUGGCUUACUGUCAGGCCAUAACGUUCUAUCUUCUUCUCAAGUCUGAAAAGGAGGAGUCAGUUCGUGAUCAUCCUGUUAUAGCUCGUCUAGUAGAGAUCAAAGGAUUAUUAGAGAAGAUGAAGCCGCUUGAUGGAAAUCUUCCAUCUGAAAUUGAGGAGUUUCUGAAGAAAAGCGAUGUGGAUGAGACAGGGGGAGAUAAAGUUACUGAAAACUCUUUGCCUGCAUUCCAAGCUGAAUCUGUCACAUUAGCUGAAGCUGAUGCAAAAGAACCAGCAGAGCCUUGUAGCACAUCUGAGCUGGUUAAAAUGGAGUCUUUGAAGGCUCCUACUAAAGAAAAAAAAUUGAAGCGUAAGACUGACCAAGUUGGUGUUCAAAGUAAGGAAAUGUUAAAAGUAAGAGCUGAACUUGAGGAAAAACUGAAGCAGAAGGGGCUCUUUAAUUCCUUUGCUCCAAAGUCUGAUAAGGGUCAGAAACAUCCAAAAUCAUUGAAUGGGCAACUUGAAACAUUUGAUGACUUCAAUGAUGAUGCUAUGGAUGCUGAGAGAGGAAAUGGUGGAUUGAGUAAUGGGCAUGGAAACUUGCUGGGUUCAAGUAAACUCUCGCGACUUGUUUCUGCCAAAGCAAAUAAACCAAAGGCUAUUUCGGGUGACGAUGAUUUACCCAAGAGAGAUGAUAUUGGAGAAAGAAGAAGGAAACAUGAAAUGAGAGUGUUAGUGGGUGCUGGUGUCAAAUCUGAGGAUGAGGCUGAGGAUGAGCCCGACACAAAUGAGACUGAUGAUUCCUCCGAAAUGGAGGAGGAUGCGGAUACUGGAGAUUUGGAAGAUGAAUUCUACAAAGAAAUAAAAGAGAACAGGGAUGCUAAAUUUGCUGCCAAAGCCGAGAAAUACGGAAGGAAUGCAACUCUUACUGCUUUGCCUGAAAUUGUUGAUGGAAAACGACAUAUCACUCGUCAGAUUGAUAAGAACAGAGGCUUAACCCGUCAACGGAAUAAAGACCUGAAAAAUCCUAGGAAGAAAUACAGGACAAAGCAUGAUAAACAAAAGAAAAGGUGGCAAGGCCAAGUGCAGCAGAUCAGGAAGCCUGGUGGGUCCUAUGGUGGUGAAUCGACCGGAAUCAAUGCACGAAUCAGUCGAAGCGUCCGAUUUUGAAAGCAUGUUCCGGCUGCUUUGCAUCCAACUAAUUCUGCUCGGCAAUCUGAAAAUAUGCGCUGGAUCAUAUGGCAUUCAAGUCGUUGCACUAAUAAUGCUACGGCUGACCUGCAUAUUCGAUCUUCAUCUUCCUGGUUUCAAUUAUAUUAAGCGACAGAAUCCAUGUGCUAAUAUCAUUUUAACAAAGGAAUUGAAGAUUCAGCUUAUUAUUAUUUAUGACAACCCGAAUGCGGGUUUGAAAAUUUUGGCUUGAAAAUUUUGGCUCAUCUGUUGUUUCUCAAUACGGCUUUAAGGCGAAAAAGAAAAAGAAACGAUUGCUACCAUUAUCCAAUUUGUGGAAUGAAAAAACUGCUUUUUGAUA